AACAACAACAACAGAGAACACACGGUCGCCUUGAUCAGAAGCUCUAGCUUUGCUCCAUCCACCUAUCUACUACCUACACCCACAGAAGCCAAUGGAGUUCAAGACGAAGGCGACCGUGUGCGCGGCGCUGCUGGUGCUGCUCCUGCUUUCGUCCUACGACGGCGGCGACGGCGGCGUCGGCGUGGCGGAGGCGCGGAUUUGCACGGGGAAGAGCCAGCACCACCAUUUCCCGUGCUUCUCGGACAAGAGCUGCGCCAGGAAUUGCGUCAGCGAGCACGGCGCGCACUGGACGGCCGGCUACUGCCACCUCAGGCGCUGCACCUGCCAGAGGGAAUGCUAGGGCAGACGCCCCGCGCGCGAGCUCCAUCCCCGGCCCGUCCAUGGCGCCGACAAGCCGUACUAGUAUCUUAAUUACCAUGUACCCACCCACUCGCUGCCUGUCAGGGAAUGUAAUAAAACGUGGCGCGCGCGCGCACCCGCCGGCGCGUCGCCGCUGUACGUAGCAUAAUGCAUGCAACGCGCUGCUUUUCAGUGAAAAAUGUCCAUGGAUUUACCAGUGAAUAAUAUAUGCAGCUUGUAAGA